CCUGGGUGUGUGUGUGCCUGCGGGCGCUGACAGCCGGAAUGCGGCGGGAACGUCACCAAUUCCACUGCGAGUUGUCAGCGGGGAUUUAGCGGUGAUAACACAGCCCCAAAAUAGCGGCUGCGGACUACAUAAAGGGGCGGCCGCCGCCCUAGCGCUCAGUGACCCGGGCACCCACCCAGCGUCGGGCAACUCACAGGUCGCGGGCAGGAUGAAACUGGCGCCUGAAGCCACUCUCACCGCCUCCGUGAACGAGGAGAACAUCCGGAGAGAAUCUUACUCGGCAGAGUGGCAGGACUUGAUCCUCAGAACUCUGCCUCAGGACCGGUGCUGCCUGUCCGAGGUGAACAGAUCCCGGCGGGAAAGCUACAACAGGAAGCAGCGGGUGAGUUACCUGGUGCAGCGGGCUCCGGACCAGCGGCUGUGGAUGGGUCUCCUGGGGCAGGAGCUGAGCGAGUACCGUCUGCCCCUCCCCAUCUUCACCCCCACCCAGAUCGGCGGCACGGCGGAGCGGCCCGAGGCUGAGGCAGCGCUGGAGCGGGCGCAGAGCCCGGGCGGAGUGUGCCCGGACAAGCGGGAGAUCUCGGCCAUCACCAAGGACCUGCCACCGCUGAUGCAGCCGGUCAGCCUGGCGGGCAAGAAGCCGGAGCUGGCCCGCCGCUCGCUCUCCAGGUCCAUGUCCCAGGAGGCACAGAGGGGCUGAGCGGACUGGGCGUGCCCCGGGCGGACGGUGCAAGGACUGGGCAUGUGGAGGAGGGAACGGCGGUGGGCAGGAGGGUGGGGGUGAGGCAGCGAGGUGCGGGAGGUGGGGGCUUCGGCUGGUGAGCCAGUG